AUGCCAAUAAACAAACCUUAUAAAUCCCCGGUCGUAAAAAAUCCAGAUCAGAAGCAUUCCCGGGAUCCCACACUUAUUCAAUUGAGAGACUGCACCGAGCUGAGAGAGCGGAAGAAUUGGAAAUUGGCAUAUAACCAUGCCCAGCGCCUCAAGGCCAGCCUAGAACACGGGAAAUCCUUCCCCAAGGGGAUCAACAUCAACCGGAUCUCGUCGCAGAGCUAUAUAUCAUCGUUCUCGUUGGCAUACACUGGCCCUCACACAGUGCAUGUUCUCACGAUGGAAAAUCGUCUGGUUCGUAGGAAGGGAAGAAGGGACAGGGUCGAUAGUGAUGAGACGCGCAAGUGGUUCCACACCCACAAGGCUCCAGACCGGUUCACAUGGACAAACACUUUCAAACUCGAUUUGCUCUCGAACGUUCAACGUCGUUCAAUGACUACCCGUAUUCCAUCGAUGGAGUCGAUCUCGAGCACCUCGCAUACGAAGACUUGCGGCUCACCUCCUGCUGACUCUCUCCCCUAUCAGAAACCACCUUCACCGGUUCGCCAUCACUGGCUCCUAACAGGUUCUGGUCUGGGAUCUCGUGUGCGGGCACAAGUGCUCAGAGUGAUCCCCCAGAGGCGUGUUGUUCACAGGGGUGAAGCUCAAAGCGAGUAUCGCAACGGCGUUGGAUGGACAACUCUGUCGACAUCUGGCUGCGCCAAGUUAACAUCAUCAGCGACGUCUAGAUCUAAGCUCUCAGCGACAACCCCUCCAAAACGCUGUCCAACAACUGGAAAGCCGGUGAACACGCCUACCUCAAUAGCAUACGCAACUUGCAGUACGACGACCAUAUCCAAGCUCAUCCACAACCCACCUGUCACCCUCGUCGUCCGCGCCCGCUCUACCACUCCCUACAACACCCUCCCUCCCUCGCCGACACCAGGCAUGCCCCGGAGUCGACAGCACCAGCGUGACACCCGCUUCCGUCCUCAUCUGCUACGGAAAAAACAACCCUCGGUAUCCGAACUAACCUCCCUGUCCCUCGAUUCUCUCACCUCCCGACGCGGAGCCCUCCGAUCUCAGGUCCCCCGCUGUGGUCGUGCGAUGGUCAAACAUGCCGCUAUCACGGCCCCAGUCCUCGUUUUCGUCAAACAAUUGGACGGCGUUGGAUUAUGA